UAUUCUGGAUGAAUGGAUGAAAGAAAUAUGACUGUGAUCACUACAAUCCACCUCUUGGGGUUUCAGAUUCCUCCAAGCAUGACAUUUUUGGUCUUCUUUUUGUUUCUUUUUUUUUACUUUGUGACAAUAUGUGGAAACCUCCUGAUCAUCACACUGGUGCCCUACAGCAAAUCCCUCCAUUCUCCCAUGUACUUCUUCCUCUCCCAGUUGUCUGCAUCUGAUAUACUAUUAGCGACUGAUGUUGUUCCUACCAUGCUCCGUGCUGUAUUAGAAAAUACCACUACUGUAUCAGUUUCUCACUGUAUCGCCCAGUUUUAUUUCUUUGCAGCCACAGAAACACUGGAGUGUCUUCUUCUGACAGCGAUGUCUUAUGACAGAUAUGUGGCCAUCUGUAAACCAUUACAUUAUACUUUAUUAAUGAGUCACCAAUUUUGUUGGAUAACAGUUAUCAUGAGUUGGAGUUUAAGUUUCUUAGCAGUGUUGGUUUCUACUUUGACCAUAUCCACCUUACAGUUUUGCGGUCCCAAUAUCAUUGAUCACUUUUUCUGUGAUCUUGACCCGAUCCUCCAACUCUCCUGCUCUGACACCACCAUCGUUCAACUGGAAUCAACAUCAAUGAGUUUGUUGUUUGCUGUAAUCCCAUUUUGUAUCAUCAUUGUAUCAUAUGUUUAUAUUAUAAUCACUAUUUUGGAAAUCCCAUCUAUUACUGGAAGGCAGAAAGUUUUCUCAACAUGCAGUUCCCACCUGACUGUUGUCUCCAUUUUUUAUGGUACCAUUGUUUGUGUGUAUUUGAUACCUAGUAGAGGACAGUCAUGGGACAUCACUAAAUUCUUGUCAUUACUGUACACUGUAGUCACCCCACUUCUGAAUCCAAUUAUAUACAGUUUGAGGAAUAAAGAACUGAAACAAGUUGUAAGAAAAAUUAUUAACUGUCAUUUAACCAGUUGAGAACAUUGGGCAUGCUACACACACCCAAAAAAGUAAUCAAAGUAUACAGGGUACAUGCAGCAUGUCCAGUUCUUAAUCCCCUCUACCACGCACCCCACUCCUAAUUGAAGGCAAUUCCUAAGGCCUGUACACACGAUUGGAUAUUCAGACAACAAUUGUCGGAUGGACGUGUUUUGUA